AUGAGCAAGAAGCAAGUCAAAAUGUCCACUCCGUUUCAACCGGUGACAGAAGUGAAGACAGACCCCAAAGCGCUGAAGAAAUACCAACAGACUUUCACUGGAAAAGACGUGACAAUAGCAGUCAAGUCGUUACUUUCAAUGAUGUCAUUAGGUCAAACAGUAGUCCCGUCGUCUUAUUUUUCGUCAAACACUGAUGCUCUCAAACGGUGUUUAGGUGAGAUAACCAACUCUAUUGACAAUUUAUUGAAAAAGGGGGGUCAUAGUUUAAGUGUUCAAGAGAUCGAGGUCAUGUUAAGUGUCGUUAAAUUUUCUGCUUCUUAUUUAACGGUGAACGACAUCUCCCAAUUAUCUCCUAUUUUAAGUAACUUUUUAUGUAAAGACUCCAACGUCGAAGUCCGGAAAAACGUCUUCAAGUGUUUGUUGGACUUAAUGAAAAUCCAAAAUAACAUUGGCGAUAUGUACGGCAAAUUCUUCUUACCAAGUUUCAAUCUGCGAUCGUUUUUAACACCGGAACAAGAGCCCCAAAUAUCAGAGAAUCAAGUUCCCACGAUCAAUUCAAACUCGAAUGUCUACUGCCCCUCGGAAGGACUCGAUUUGAAGGCACAAGAGAACUUCUCCAUCACACUCAUCGAAAUUUUCUUUAAAGAACUCUUCUUGUCGCAAGAGAACUUCAAGUUGUACUCCCCACUCUUCCACCAACUCAUCUGUUGCGUCAUUCCUAAUUAUCAGAAAAUCCCUACACUCAGCACAUUGAACGUCCAACACCACUUUAACACAAAUGACGUCCCAACGCGAUUGUAUCACAAGUUGGGCGAAGAAGUGAUGAAUGCAGCUAAAGGGCCGUUUUCUAGAAUGUUGGUCUUGGACGACCGUUUUCUAGCUAUUUUAGUCCACUUUUACACGGAAAUGACUUCCGUCUUUAAACCGAACGACAAGGAAAUGAUCGAAUCGUUCCUUGUGAUGUACAAAGACUUCUUCUUUGUUGGUCAGUCGAAUCUGCAGACCAUUUUAAAGGAGCGGCUGACGACAAUUCAAUUCAAAAUUAUCGAAACGCCGGGGCUUUGGUUCUCGCAAAAGUUCUUAAGUGCAAAUUUGACGAAUGAAGCGACGAAAUCGCUGAUGGAACUUAUUAUAGGAUUUUACGACAAAUUUGCGUUGAUGGAGAAAGACCUGACUCCUUCCCUGAAGAGCACUAUAUUGUCGACCGUCACGACGUGCUCAAUAAAUUUCUUACAAAAUGUGAAGAAUGAAAAUUACGUACCUUAUAAGAAGGAAUUGCUGAACACCUUAUUUAUAUUACAUUUGCUAUGGAUGCAAUAUGAAGGUGACUGGCUCGAUUUACUCGAGAAAUUGCGACCGUAUUUUGAUGUCGAUGUUCUGACAGUCAUUCAAAACAAAUUGGAACAUUUGACCGUCGCGCUGUGUCAGAAGAUAUACCACCCCUCUAUCUUCUCUAUUAAACUCCCAAUAGAGAUGAGCGAGUAUAUCACUAACUUGAAAGUCGAAGAGAAGUACGACACCCCACACACAGAACCUAAACUUGAGGCAAUUAAGACAGUGUGGGAUGUUAAAAGAAUACGAGAGAUGUGGCUCUUAAUAUUCAAAUUUUUGGACCACCCACUGCAAGUUGGGAAUGUCGAAACUGUCACAAAGAACAUUCAAAUCCUCUGCGAGUUGGUCAAGUUACUUUCAUUUGCAGAGGAAGUCUCCACGUUAGAAGUGACUGAAGACACAUCUGCGCCAAAGCCAGCGAUGCGACAAAGUCAGUGGAACGUCCAACCGACUAAUUGGAAAAAUUCAAGAAAGACAGCACAAGUGCCUUUGGCGACUUCGACGAUAACAGCAGAGCAAAUUUCAACGCCUCGAGAUAACACCUUCCAAUUCACUAAUGGACUCUUCUUACCAAUUCAAGAACUCUUCUUCCCUAUUCUCGUUGAAAUUAUAGUAAAGCCACAGUCAAUGGUAACAGAAGCAUCGAGGUGUCUCUGCUUCAAAGCAGUCUCUAGAAUAGCGUCAAGAGCCUUCCCAAGGUAUGACGAUAUAGUCUACGACAUCUUCACAUCUUUAGUCCAAAGUAUUCAUUUACAAACAAUCGACGUGCAAUGGGCCUUCAUCUCAAGUGCUUACAACAUCUUCUCCCAUCCUGAAAACAAAAACAUAGCGGCGUUGCCUUCAGUGAUUCAAUCACUCUCAAGACUGACGGUCGGAAGCGCUACAUUAGAAGACCAAGUGAAGUGUUGUUCCUUGAUCUCAUCUUUAUUGAUGAUAGAGUACAACUACCCCAAUCUACUCGAAGUCUUCAAAGCUGCAUCUUUGCCACUCGCUCAAAACUACUUGCAGACCCUCAUUAACAUCAUUAUUGGGGCUUUAAGAAUCAUGUCACAGCCACAGACGCAAUGCAUCUUAUAUUGGUGCUUUGCCAAUUUGUACUUAAUUGCACUUGAAAUGAAGGCAGAUGUCGACUUUAGAAUCUUCUUGGAUAUCUUCUUUGAAGGAGUGAGGAGUCCAUGCUACCUCAUCUACACCACUUCCCUUCAAAUCGUUUCAUAUUUGGCUGUCAAUGCGAAAUUGAUACCUGAGAAUGUCGUGAACUAUAUUGUAGACGCACUCUGUAAUAUCAUCUUGACUUGUCCUAUUACAGUGGAUUGCGUCUCAUUCAUCUUCGAUGUCCUCUCUCGUUGGUUACUGAGCUAUGGAAAGAACUUAUUCUCCGUCCACUUGAUCGACGAGACAACUCAUCGCCUCUUCCAAGUCAUCCAGAUGGUUCUUAACACAGAAGAACCCCCAGCUAAUGCGGACAGACCAUCCACUUGUGUCCCCCCACACAUCUCUGCUCAGAGAUUUGUUGCUCUCCUCUCACAAGUCGUCUUUGGAGAUCCAACAGAGCAUGGGAUGUUCAAAUGUUCCGAAGCGAAUAUACCGGACCAAGAGAAAGCAAAGUACUUUGCUUAUGGAGAGUCGAUCAUUUCAGUGUUACCAUCCCAAAGUUCACACACAAGAGUCUUUAUACGAAAUAUGUAUGGGAUGUACGAAUUUGAAGUCUCUCCAAUGCAGACACUGACGGACGUGGGAAUACCAGACAUUAAAGACGACUUCAAGCCAAUAGCACAGAUCCCAUGGGCUAAGAACAACAAAGAGACGGGAAUACCAAAACCAGUGACAUACACAGACACCAACUUGUUGAGUCAAUUAAUCGACGACGUCUGUAAGGACGACGCGAGUUUGAUGAUGUGCGAAUUCCCAGAAGAUGUCAUGAAAGUCGAUGAGUACUACCAAUACAUUAAUAAGGUGGAGGAGGUGAUGGGGAAACUCUCAACGGAGAGUGACACGGGUGUGAGUAAAGCGAUAGAUGUGGUAGACAUCCCCGUCCGGCAACUUGACUUGAGUGAUAGUGUCCGAAAUGAGUUGAUGGAGUACUUACAGAACAUCUUGUCGUUGUAUUCCAUGAACGACAAGUUAUUAGUUCCUAUCGAGAAGACCCCAUCCUUCUUAAAUGAGCUCACAAAACUCGACCGAUUGAGUGGGAGAGUCUUUUUCAAGAGCACGAUAAUAUAUGUGGGAGAAGAGGACUUUGAUUUUGAGAAGGUCCAAGCGCGAAGUGACGUGUCUUGUGAGUACAAGCAAUUUAUGCGAAGCUUGGGGUGGUAUGUGGAUGCCUCUUCCAUAGCGUGUGACCCUGUUUUAUGUCAGAAGAUCCCAGAUAAUGAACUUUUGUAUUACGCGGACUCACAGAACGAAUUUGUGUUUGAAGAAGUGUAUAAGAUGCAAACAGUCGAGACGAAGACGAUGGCGGAGAUGUCAUCUUUGGUACAUAUAGUGUGGGACGAAGGCAUUAAACCAUAUCACCCAUCACUCCUUGGGAAACAAGCGGAAGUUGUGAUCGUCAUCAAGCCAAGUAUGUGUGGGACGUACUCUGUGAAUGUCUUCCGAAAGGGUGGAAUGGUGAUUGAAGGGCCAUUAAUGAAUAAUAUGAUCGUCACUGGGGAUCAACUUGGGAAGAUGGUGAGAGAACAAAUCAUUAAUACACACUUCUGUUACUUAGGAAAUGGGUACUUCUGUAUGGACGGUUACUCAAAUAGAUUCCAACAACUCGUCAAGUUGUCAUCACUCGGGCACCCAACUAAAGACUACACACUCUGUAAGGAAUUACAGCUCAUUUUGGAUGAAAAGAAUAAUGAAAAGUAA